CUAACGCACCCAUCUGCAUUGCCUUCUCUGAAAUUAUUAAACAUACAGUUAAAUUCAGGUAAGACCCUAAGAAGUAGAAAAUGUUCGAUAACCAACACGAUUAGAUUGCACAUCGCUGGCAGUUAAAGACCAGUUAUAUGCAGAGCUGGCUUCAGCAAUCGAUACCAACAAUUCAGCAAUCGAUACUGCCAAUUCACUGGUAUCGAUCCCGCAUAUAAGUUAACAGGCACCAGAAUCGCGUUGCUAGAGGCUGUAGUAACAAUCAAACCAGUGGCUGGAGAGAGAUACACAAACUUCUUAGGUUUGACCGAGGGAGGUUAAGUAAUGGCCAACGGGAGUGUACUCCCGCCCGCCGGACAAGAUGACCAGGGCACGGGGCACGGGACCCGCCCGCCCCUGCGUCGCUCGGACUCCCGUAAGAUGCCCGCUCCGCCGGCCACGGCGGUCCGCAAGCGGGUAGGAGGCUACUUGGUAGGGUAGACAGUUGGUGAAGGGUCGUUUGGCAAAGUGCGGAGUGGAACCCACACACUGACUGAGGAAAGGGUCGCUAUGAAAAUCAUCGACAAGAAGCUCAUCGCCAAGCGAGAGUACGUCCGGAAGAACCUCCGCCGAGAGGCCGUGGUCCUCCAGCGGCUGACCAGCCACCCGAACAUCAUUCGCCUGUACGAGGUGCUGGAGACGGCCAACAACUACUACCUGGUCACGGAGUUCGCCGAGGGAGGGCCGUUCAUGCGCUACCUGUGCGACAGGAAGCGGCUGAGCGAACGGGAGACGAGGAAGUUCAUGCGGCAGUUGGUGUCAGCGGUAGACUACAUGCACCAGGCGGACGUGGUCCAUAGGGAUAUCAAAAUUGAAAACUUUCUCUUAGACGAGGAUUUAAACCUGAAAGUGAUUGAUUUUGGCCUGAGCAAUAUCUUAGGACCAGACGGUCUCUUGAAAACCCAGUGCGGAUCCCCCGCCUAUGCAGCACCCGAGAUCUUCUGCAAUGCCAAUUACACCCCUGCUGUCGAUGUCUGGAGCAUAGGAGUAAACAUGUACGCCAUGUUGACGGGCGAGCUACCGUUUACUGUUGACCCACCCACCAACAUGACGAAGCUGCACGCUAAAAUCAUUCUUGGUUGUACAAUACCAGAGAACCUGACUCGUGAUUGCAGGGACCUUCUAGGUAAACUACUCACCGCGAAUGAGACUGAGAGGAUAACACUUCGUGACGUCAUGCGCCAUCCGUGGAUGAACAGGGGCUACACACGCAGACUCUGUCCUGCACAGUUCCCCAACCGACUCACUGACACGCAACUCGACGCCAAUGUAAUCUCCUCGCUGGUAGCCAGCGGGUUCGGCGAAUCUGCCGUAAGAGAGGCAGUAACACAGAACAGGCCGAUCGCUGAGACGGCUGGAUACCAUCUCCUACGGAGCCGCGUUGCCAAAGGAUGGGGCUAUCCCGAAGGAACUGCGCCAACCACGACCGAGAGCGGAGGAAGUGACGGGGAUGACGUCAUCGACCUUGAAUCCGAUUCGCUGGUUUUCACUCCGGUACCGGCACAACAAACGGGGAGGACCUCCCGACCCAACAGCAGCGCCGGUUCGCGAACGGGUAGUAGCUCAAAGAUGGAUCUGGAAAGAGCAAAAUCGCAGUUGGCUCAGAACCGGCAGGUUGCGGAGCAGGAAAGUCGAUUGAAGAGCGCCCCCACACCCAACAAGAAACACACCGGUCCGCUCUUAGUUGACGCGCGAAAACCAAAGGCAAAUACAUGCGAUGAAAUUCCAGCAGCGACACGAGAAGUCAUCCUGGAAGACAUGCGACAGAAACUGGCUCCACAUAUAAAAAAUGAUUCAAACAACAACGAAAUGAAAACCACAGAAGAAUGCCCCCUGAUAAUCAUUACGUCACUAGACGAAAACUCCAAUCCUGAGAAGAAAAUCCAUUCCUCAAUGAACGUGACAUUCACAGAAAAGACGAAAAGCACAGCUGGAAAAGAAAAUGACCGAAUGGGGCAGAAGCCUCAGAUCUCCGGUACUCCGGAGCAGAGAGAACCGCCAGUGGAGCGUCCGCAGACGGUGCGGGAGCGGACGGCGCCGAGUCCCGGUAGGACCGCUGUCGAGCAGGGCUGUAUGAUUAUCGUCAACGGUAAACUGGCCAAAGGAAACCUCUACUCAGACGCCCUAAGGCAACAGCGUUCUGCGUGGACCACGACUCCUGAGGAUACUCCCACCAUGCCGGUCCUGGGUCUGAGAACUGGCGAUUUGAGGAGAGGACCGGGCUUGCGCCGGUCUCGAACUGACCCUGGGACUUACUCCGUUUCACGGGGAACGGAGAGGGGGACUUUCACACCGCUGCCGAGGAAGGCAGCUGGGAUGGUGCCUUAUCAAAACCAUGGUGCUUUCCCAGCCCACCGGCUCGGCCUGUACUACUCGACCACCAGACAACUCCGUCACUACCCCGGUGUCCCACAUCACAGCAGCGGCAGCGUUGGUGUCCUGCCCAGUCACACUCAGUCUCAGGGAAUCGGAAGGGCGCGGUCGCAUACCGCUCCUAACGGCCGGCCACACCUGAGCCUACACGGGGCACCGGUGCGUAGCGCCCCGCUGCCUGGGAACAAGACAUCUGCUGCUGGACUGAGUGCGAGUGGGAAGGAUCUGACAUUGCCCAGGAUACACCUGGACCGUGUUGGUUGCCAAUAAAUUCAAAAGCACCGCCAUUGCUGCAUAAACAAAUUGCAGAUAGCAAGACGAAAACUCUUCAACUAAUGGACGGAAUAUAAUAGGCGCAGAACCUUAUUAUGCAAUUAUGUAAAUUCUGUUUUUAUGCGUUUAUAGGCGAUUUAAAGCUGAUCAGAAUAAACAUCGAUUUGUGAAAAACAUGA